UUGCUGAGAGGUUUAUUUGAUAAUACAUGGAGGUCAAUAUCCAAACUGAUAGACACAUAAUGCACCCUACAACGAAGAAUAUAAGCUUACAAUUUGAAUGCGCUUCACAACUUAACAGUUUGCUAAAGCUCCUUCUUGAGAUUCUACCCAAUACCUUGGCCUUUUCCCGUAAGACAUAUUUCUGCAUCAUUCAUGUUGCAGUUGUCAGCAAAUCCUGGAAAAUCACAGUUCGAGGAGCCAUUAAUUGGGGUAAUUAUCUAGGAAAUAAUAAGUUUUUAGGCACUUGCAUUGGAUCCAUCUUUCAACUUCACAAAUGCACAAGCCUUGCCCGAUUCUGCUCUUCUUCUCCUUUCUUCCCGCUGCAGCCACUCGAAAAAAGAGGAACCCAGCCAUGCCUUGGAAAAUUGGUGAGAAAGCUUGGUUUUUGGCCUUCUUUUCUUGUCCAAGAACCUGAUUUGGAACCCAGAAAUCUUCUCCCCUGCUGGAAAAUCCGGAUCUGCCUUGCUCUGCUCCUCACCGCCGGCUGCUCCUGCUUUGUGGGUGUGAUUUGUUCGGUUUUUUGUUUGCCGCCGGCCUCUUUCCCCCUGCAGCUCCGGUUUUAGCUGGAGAAUUAUGGUUCCCGAUCGUUCUGUCAGUUAGUACGUGAAUUGAGUGCUCGGUUUUAUGCAAGUGAGGUAAGUAAAUUUAUGGUAAUGCCCGUACUGUUUUAAAAGCAUGUUUUGAUUUGUUUUUGAAGUGGUGGUGGGAUUAAACCCGUUUUACACGAGCAUGAUUGAUUUGAAAUGAGAUUUUUAUGCUUUUCAUUAAAUUGAGCAUGCCUACUUGAAAGUAAUUGUGAAUUGUCCUGAUGAUUUGAAAGUGACAGUGAAUUGUGAUUUGUCUGUUAACUUCAGCCUGUUUUGUCUCCAAUGUGGUCAUGUUAUUCGUGACCCUGCUAGUGGGGGAGGUUAUAAACGCUAGCACAUGUCGGCACAUGUCAAUAUGUUAUUCGUGACCCUGCUAGUG